ACUCGCCACUCGGUUGGCUUCAGUCCCACUUUUUCUAGCUCUAGUAUACCCCUGUUUUGUCGGGAAUAUGAUAGUUUGACAGGCGCAGUCAGGUGCUUCUUCCACACAGAAGAGAUGAGUCGCUUUCUGAACGUCCUGCGGAGCUGGCUGGUGAUGGUGUCCGUCAUCGCGAUGGGAAACACCGUGCAGAGUUUCAGAGAUCACAGUUUUCUGUCCGAAAAGCUCUACACAGGCAUGCCAGAGUUUGUAAAUGGUCUCCAAGCUCGAACCUUUGGUAUUUGGACGCUGCUGUCAUCGAUCAUUCGCUGUGCCUGCGCCAUUGAUAUACAGAAUAGAACGCUGUAUCACAUCACCUUAUGGACGUUUGUCCUGGCAUUGGGCCACUUCCUAUCUGAGGCUUUUAUCUACAAAACUGCGCCGCUGACUAUCGGAGUCAUGGCCCCUCUCAUUGUGGCAAGUUUUUCCAUCAUAGGAAUGCUCAUUGGAUUCCAGUGUUUUCCAGAAACACAGGAGGAAGUUGGCGCACGACAGAAAAAGCGUAACUGAGUCACAGCAAUCUGGAGUUUCCUGUUGUGAACUGAAUCCACCUCCACCAGCCUCUUGUGAACUGGUCCUCGUGUGCUGCUUCUUGCCUUGAAGAACAGGAUAUGCUGAUGUAAAUUCACUUUCUACUGUGACACUAUUUACAUUUACACAGAUCAGCCAUAACAUUAAAUUCCCUCACACGUAAGUAAAUACCAUUAUCUUGUGAAACUACAAUAUUCUGCUGGGGAACGCUGGGACCUGGGAUUCCUGGUCCACGACUGCAGUCAAUGAUGUGUCCAAACACAGGAAAAGUUAGUAGUCCCUAAUCCAAAUGAGCCUUUGUAGGAUGUGUCCCAGCAAGGCUGAUCUUUGGGGACAACCACUGCUGUCGUGCUCCCAAACAGCACAUCCUCAAAGACCCUGCCUUCAUGAGGAAUCAGAGCUGUUUUAGCGGCACAAGAGCAACACAGCAGAUUAGGCAGGUGGUUUUAAUGUUGUGACUGAUUGCGUAUAUCUUAAAAUACAGUGGUCAAUGUGUGCUGCUUUAUCAUUUGUAAUGAUUUCAUAUUUAAAUGAGCAAUAUCUGGAGUUUUGUGUUGUCUUAACAGCACAGAUAGUGUAUUCUUUCUCAGUCUCGGUGUGGUGCUGCUGAAUGACCGCAGAAACAGAACCACAGUACACAUUUUCUCUUCACCAUGAUUGUUUUAUUGCACCAGAGCAGAGAAAGUACCAUUUUCUAGUCUUUCAAUCAAAGAAAGCCCAGAUGUACCAAAGAUCUCAGAAGGCUACGCAGUAGAAAACCACGCACCUCAUUAGAAAAAUCAUACAGCAGAGGUUGGUUUGAUGUUUGUUGUAUGCUGUGAAAGAUCUGUACACCCUGGGAAUUUAUGCACAAAUAACUUUGUAUAAAACUUAAUUUUUUUAAAAAUAUUUUGAUUUUUGAUGUUUUUUUAUUGCUGUAAUAAUUGUGGCAAUUGUAUUUUGUAGUCUUGUAAUCCUUUGUUUGAAGUGUCCUUCAAGGUGUAAUUGUGUUUUUGCAUGAUUUGUGCUAAAGACUUAAAUCCCUGUUUUGCUCUGUUCUCAUAUUUGGGUUAAAGAAAGCAUAAAUCUCCUGAUUUAAACAUGGCCACAUUGUGGGGAAAUACAAAAAGGGCUUAUUUAUCUAUAAAUAUAUAGAUUUGUUCCUAAUCCCCAUGUUCAAAAAUCCCAUUGUGUGUAUUGCAGUUUCAUUUUUCUCCUUAUUGACUGGAUCAACUACACAUCAUACCAAAAUAGCAAAAACUCUAAGGGUGUGGAAAAUUCACAGCACUUUAAAGUGCCUAACUAGAACCUCUCACAGACAAAUAAAAGUCCUAAUUAAAUAUCAACAUUUCGAGACAACUUCCUAAAAUAUACCUGAAGUAAAAAUUUGUACAAAUACUGGUUACACAGCAUAAAAUACACACAGGCAACAAAACGAAGGAAAACACUAAACCACUGAGCCCUUGACCCUGGGCUCUAACAGACGGUGGAGGGCAUUUGAUUGGCACUGUUUAGGUCCACUCAGGAUCAGUGCACAACUGUGCAAAGUGGUGCUCAGAUCAGGCCACAUCUGUUGGACACUUGGGACACUUAAUGACUAAGAAAAUAAGAAGUGUUAAGCCUUUAAAGUCACCAGUUUUAACCACAUUGAACAUAAAGAGGAGAUUUUGGCCAUGUUAUGUUUGCUUGCCACUACAAUUACUCACACAAAAUUAGGUAAUAUUUUCCACAAGAACUGUGCUGCAUUACUCCGACUCUGGCAUGUGUUGGCCCAACACCUAAGACAUAUUUCUGAUGGAUUUUCCUUCGAUUUGUCGCCUGUUUGUAUAAUUCUACAGUACCAAAAGUAAAAAGUACACAUAAAAAGUGUGCAAAAUGACAAGGGCAGCAGAUCUGAUUAGUCUCAGUCUCCCAUCGUGUUGUUCUUAUUUUCCAUUGUGCUGACAUCCUUUACGUUCCAGACAUUCUCGCCUGUUGUGUCUUUUUGAAGAGGUCAAUCA